GGGACUGCCCAGCUGCAGCUUCAACUCAAUCUCCAACUUCGACGGGCAGUGCGACACAACAACAAUUUUUAAUUCAAGACCCCCAAUCCUCAGAAUAAGUCUUCAAGACCCCGACCCUUCAUACAAUGGAUAUCGAUGACGAAGACGAUUUCUACGCUCCCGAGGAGCCCCAGGCGGCCGCGCAGCCAGCUCCCACGGAAACACCAGCAACAAAGAAAGAUGCGAGCGAGGAACUCGAAUCGGGCGAGGAAGAGGAUGAGGGCGGCGCUAUGGACGAGGAUGAGGAUUCGGAUAUCGACAUCAUCACAGAGCGAAAAGACACCUCCAACCCAGCCCCUCCACCUCAAUCCCGCUAUAGCGAAAUCAAGAACAUCCCCCAACGAACCGCAACGUCGGACACAACAACACCAGCAGCAACAGCAUCAACAACAAGCGCAGCCAAACCCUCAGCCGCCUCCCCCCAGCAGCAGCAACCAGGCCAUGGCGCAGCAGCAGCAGCAACGGCAUCUAACAACAUGCCGGCGUCGACAUCCAAGAUCGACAUCCACGCGAUCCCGGUGCACAAGGCGACGGGCAAGCCGCUGACGCAGGUCAACAUCGACACGGACCUGCCGGCGGAGCAGGACAAGCCGUGGCGGAAGCCGGGGACGGACCUGUCGGACUACUUCAACUACGGCUUCGACGAGUUCACGUGGGCGCUCUACGCGCAGAAGCAGGAGGCCCUGCGCGGCGAGUACAACGCCGACGCCAUCGCCCAGAGCAACAAGAAGAUGAUGGAGGAGAUGACCAGCAUGAUGAUGAUGGGCGGCAUGGGCAUGCCGGGCGCCGGCGGUGCGGGCGGGCCCGCCGGUGGGCAGGCCGGCGGCGUGCCC